GCUUGAUAUUUUAAACUUUGCAAAAGAAAUUUUUAGUUUAUUGGAAAUCUUCUUAGCUUUAUUUUGCCUUUUCGACGCCUUCAAUAUUUGAAGUCAAAAGACCAUUUGGAUUGAAUAAUUAUAUAUUUUUCUUUUUAAGCAAAAAAACACUUUUUUUUUCUUUUUGGUGCAAAAAAAAUACUCCGGUCAAAUAAAACGAACCGCACAGGACUUUAGAGGAGCAAGUUCUUUUUCGUUCCAUCAGCCUACUUGAGAUCUAUUCCCACUGGUAAAAGUUAAUUUUUUUAUUUUCGCGAGCAAUGGUGUUCUAUCGUAGCGUUUCGUUGUUGUCAAAGCUUCGCUCUCGAGCGGUCCAACAGUCAAAUGUUAGCAAUUCUGUGCGCUGGCUUCAAGUCCAAACCUCUUCUGGUCUUGAUCUGCGUUCUGAGCUGCAAGAAUUGAUUCCUGAACAACAGGAUCGCCUGAAAAAGAUCAAGUCAGAAUAUGGAAAGGUUCAAUUGGGGAACAUCACAGUUGAUAUGGUUCUUGGUGGAAUGAGAGGAAUGACAGGAUUACUGUGGGAAACCUCAUUACUUGACCCUGAUGAGGGAAUUCGCUUCCGGGGGUUGUCUAUACCUGAAUGCCAAAAGGUAUUACCUGCAGCAAAGCCUGGGGGUGAGCCCUUGCCUGAAGGUCUUCUCUGGCUUCUUUUAACAGGAAAGGUGCCAUCAAAAGAGCAAGUGAAUUCAUUGUCUCAGGAAUUGCAGAGUCGGGCUACUAUCCCUGAUCAUGUAUACAAAACUAUUGAUGCCUUACCAGUCACAGCUCAUCCAAUGACCCAGUUUGCUACUGGAGUCAUGGCUCUUCAGGUUCAAAGUGAAUUUCAAAAGGCAUACGAGAAAGGGAUUCACAAAUCAAAGUAUUGGGAACCAACAUAUGAGGAUUCCAUGAAUCUGAUUGCUCAAGUUCCACUUGUUGCUGCUUAUGUUUAUCGCAGGAUGUACAAGAAUGGCGACACUAUACCUAAGGAUGAAUCCCUGGAUUAUGGUGCAAAUUUUGCUCACAUGCUUGGUUUCAGUAGCUCUGAAAUGCAUGAACUUAUGAGGCUCUAUGUCACAAUACACAGUGAUCAUGAAGGUGGUAAUGUCAGUGCUCACACCGGUCACUUGGUUGCUAGUGCUUUGUCAGAUCCUUACCUCUCCUUUGCCGCUGCUUUGAAUGGUUUAGCCGGACCACUUCAUGGUUUAGCCAAUCAGGAAGUUUUGCUAUGGAUAAAAUCUGUUGUAGAAGAAUGUGGGGAGAACAUUUCCAAAGAGCAGUUGAAAGACUAUGUUUGGAAAACAUUGAACAGUGGCAAGGUUGUCCCUGGUUUUGGACAUGGAGUUCUGCGAAAGACUGAUCCAAGAUAUACAUGCCAGAGAGAGUUCGCUAUGAAGCAUUUGCCUGAAGAUCCACUGUUUCAACUGGUUUCAAAACUCUACGAAGUUGUUCCUCCUGUUCUUACAGAACUUGGCAAAGUUAAAAACCCUUGGCCAAAUGUUGAUGCCCACAGUGGUGUGUUGUUGAACUAUUAUGGUUUAACUGAAGCAAGAUAUUAUACGGUCCUCUUUGGCGUAUCAAGAGCUCUUGGCAUUUGCUCUCAGCUAAUUUGGGACCGAGCUCUUGGAUUGCCGCUAGAGAGGCCAAAGAGUGUCACAAUGGAGUGGCUUGAGAACCAGUGCAAGAAAGCAUGAAUUGUUUGAAAUCUCCGCGAGCAUAAAACACAAUGUAUAAUCUUUAUGAAUAAUUGCUUGACAAAGCACUCCUUUCUUGGGGACAAGAUAGGUCGCCUCAUGGUUAACGACUUGAGUUCAAACUUCACUGAAUUUGUGUGAAUUGUAUGGUUUCUCGAGCCUUGUCCCUGAAUUUUGAACGUAGUCUAGUGGAUUCAUUUUUCUUCAUUCCGAAUUCCUCACACGCUGAUCCAGCAUGUAAAAAUAAUAGGUCAAUGCUAUUAAUCGCAUUCUUGGUUGCCAUUAGACUUGUGAAUGACUUCCUUUUGCUGGAAAGUUAGUAAUCGGCUGAUUCACGCAAUAAACUGCAAUUGUGUAGUUUCUUAAAUUUGCUAAUUCUUAUUUGAUGAUAUUAUGAACCAUGUAACUU